CUCCCCCUGCUUCUUGAAAUGUGGAAACGCUUAUUUCCGCUUUUAACGCGCAGGCGCCGUAGAAGAUGCGAUCAAAUCCGACACAAGUCCUCAUGACGCGGUAGCAGCAGACAGCUGGAUAGAGAAGGGCUGGAUAAGCUCAGCAGUUUCUAGGUAAAAAUGGCAGUGGAGAAGCGUCUGGCAUUCUCUAUUGUGCAGUUCCUACGAGAUCAAACACAUUGCGGUGCUUUGAAUUCUGAUGAGCAGGAGAGCCUUGAAGUUGCGAUACAGUGUUUGGAGACAACCUUUAAGAUCGGCUCCAGUGACUGCCAUCUUGCUGUGCCUCAGCCUCUGACAGAGAUAUUCCUCAAUUCCCUGCUCAAGGUGGGUACGGCGCCAUCAAUGGGACCAAUGCUUUCACAUACAAAAAGAAAUGACAACAUUACCAUACCAGAGACCUCCCCAUCUCCAGAAGACAUUGAACGAGCAGAGCAACUUAAAAAUGAAGGAAACAAUCACAUGAAAGAAGAGAACUACAGAUGUGCAGUGGAGUGCUACACAAAGGCCAUUGACCUGGACCUAAGAAACGCUGUGUACUACUGCAAUAGGGCUGCAGCUCACAGUAAACUGGGAAAUUAUACAGAGGCAACUGGGGACUGCGAGAGAGCCAUUGGGAUUGAUCCUACCUACAGCAAAGCCUAUGGGAGGAUGGGUUUGGCUUUGACAGCCAUGACCAAGUAUCCAGAGGCAAUUUCCUACUUCAAGAAAGCGUUGGUAUUAGACCCUGAGAAUGAUACCUACAAAUCCAACCUGAAGAUUGCAGAGCAGAAGCAAAAAGAAGCGACCAGCCCAAUAGCGGCUGGAUUAGGAUUUGACAUGGCUAGUUUAAUCAACAACCCUGCCUUCAUCAGCAUGGCGGCAAGCGUGAUGCAGAACCAACAAGUACAACAGCUUAUGUCAGGAAUGAUGUCCAAUGCAGUCGGGGGUCCUGCAGCAGGAGUGGGUGGACUGUCAGACAUUUCCAGCUUGAUUGAAGCGGGACAACAGUUCGCCCAGCAGAUCCAGCAGCAGAACCCAGAGCUGAUCGAGCAGUUAAGGAACCACAUCCGGAGCCGAUCCUUCAGCGGCAGCGCCGAGGAGCACUCAUGAUCUACUCAGUCUCACGUUUAUUUUCCAAGGAAGGGCAACCAUAUCGCGCGAUUACAAUCUCUACACCCAUUUCUUGAAAUCAAAUCCCCGGCAUAGCUGGAAUGAAGAGACAAGGAUGGGAGAUGAAGGCACUUUACUGUGACUAAAGACUCUGGGGCGGAGAGAUGAGGGCCUAGAGACUGGACCAUGAAAUGAAGCAUCCCACACAUGUAGGGCAAAAACAUAUUGCAAACACCUAAUCAUAAAGAGAGCCAAGAACUCAUUCAGCCUACUGAGGGAACAUGAGUACGUUUCUUCAGUGCUUUUACAUUCUGCAGAGAUCAUGUUUUAUAUGUGCAGAAAAUACUGCCCUCUUCAUGUUCUGAGUUAAGGAUCCUUCUGUAUAGUCAUGAUACAUAGAGGGGUAGGGAGGAAUGUACUUUUACAGCAUUGCAGGGAACAUUUCAGCUUUUUUUCUCGUACAAUAACCGUAACACAUCAGGUUUAUAUCGCAUCUUCUUUAAUAUUAUUUUUGUAGACAGAAUACUUGUGUGUUGGGAACACGUAGACUCACAUCACUGCUUUUCAACGAGUACUACUUAACUUUUGAUUAAGACAACCAUGUAAUUGUAUAGCAGUGUUUGCAGCGUGCAUUAUGUUGUUAUUGCACUUUAGCAAAACUAAAUAUAUCCCCUUUAAGCAUAUUUAAUUGUUCAUUAACUGGUAACAGAGUGUUCAGAUUGUUCAUUUUGCAUGCUCUUAAAUCUGGUAUUUGAGAUCAGAUGCUUUAUGGAAACAAAUAGGUAUGCUAGGACAGCACAAUGUUUUGUCUAAAACAUGUGAAUAAAUGUCUUGAAAUUGA